AUGGGCUUGUGGUUUGUAGUUCAUGAUUUGUGGGUUGUCGUCUUACAUCUGAUGUGCUCAAGUCCAAAAGUACCAUAUAGUACUGGCGGUAGCGGCCAACACCCACCAUCCAGGCCAGAACAGAGCCAGGAUGACGGCGUAACCGCUCCCGAGGACAAAGACGGCAAACUCGUAAAAGACCAGUCUGCGCAGCCUCCUGACGGGCUUCGACUCCCACGUCCCGUGUACCAACCUCCCCGACAUGAUGGCACCCCAGUACGUGGCGACGAGAGCGUAAAAACCGGCGAUGCCACCGAUCUGAAGAGCCAACGUGGUGGCGAAGUGGGCUCUGAUGCUCAAGAAGACGGAUGCCGCUUGCACGGCGCGCCGGACGUCUCCUAUUCUGGCGAAAGCUGGACUGAGCUGAAGAGCAAUGUUUUUGGCGGCGAUGACCUGCUCUGUCGGGCGACCUUGGCUCGCGGUCAAGAUGGUUCCGUUUUCGGUGGGGGCUGCUCGCAGCCCCGAAAGCGUUUGACCAUGAAUGGUGGCCGGUUGCCAGCACGCGCACUCUCCAUCCCGGCCCUGAUCCCGGCCCUGGGAUCAACGUGGGAGCCAUCUGCCGAGACGCCCGAGUCGUAA